GUAGAUUCUUUAAAAUCAUUACCUAAUGUAGAACCACAUGUAAAUGAUCUGUUUUUUAAAAAUGUAUCCAACCCAACAGCUGACUUAAAAGCCAAGUUUAAUCGAAUACUCGAAUUAGCUCAUGAGAAUGAAGCACGCGUCGCAUAUAUAUUCAAUGACAUGAAACUUGAAUCAUUACAUCCGACUAUACUUUAUAAGAGAAAAUCUGAUGAACCACCUUCUCUGAAGCACAUAAAAAGAGAUCCAGUUGCUACUAUAUCUUCUAUUACAUUACUUGGAGAAAGAAUAACUAGUCAAGAUGAUUAUAAAUUUGCAAUUGGUUUUUUCGCAAAAGAUAAAACAAAUCCAAAUCUAAUUUACAUGGUAACUGCAGGACAUUGCGCUUCUCUGAACGAGACAAUCCUUUAUGACGGAAGGGUAAUUGGAGAA